AUGUUUCAUCGUCAGUCAUUGUUAUUGACAAUUUUUUCAAUUAUUUUAAUUCAAAUUUCUUAUAUUUAUUCAACUCCAGUUAUUUCUGCAGCUGCUAGCCAUAUUAUUGAGGAAAAUGAUGAUGAUUAUCAACGUGCAUACAAUGGUUUUAUCUAUCAUAUAAAAAAUAUUGUCGAUGAAAGAAAUAUCUAUGAACAAAUGAUGUUACUUAAUCAGUUACGUGAAUAUCUAAAUCGUAUGUGUAUUACUGGAUUUUUCGGAGCAAUACAUGCUGAAGCGUGCCAACGCGUAGUGGAUGUUUUUCAUCAAAAUUAUAUUCAUAGUCGUAUAAAUGACAAUGAAAUCACUGAUACAUCCAAUGAAACACACGGUUUACAAAAGCGUUUCUUUUGUAAUGGAUUUAUUGGUUGUAAAAACGCUCACGGCUGA